AUGCUGUGGUUGGGCUUGUUCUGCCCGCUCAUUCUUCUGGGUGCUGGUGUAGCUGUGACAAACGCAUUUGGUGCUUUCCAACCCAGACCCAAUCAUUCCAGCCUCUUUAAGUCAGGACCCAAUCCUCACUACAGCUCUGGGAAACCUACUGCCAGACACAAGAACCACUGUGCAUAUGUAGUGGAAAAAAGUAUGUCCUAUAGUGUUCAGGAUGGAGCUGCUCCUUAUGUGAAGGCAGAGUACAACAAAUGUGGCUGGGGGCAGAAAUGCCCAGCACUAAUGUACCAGAUGUUUUAUAAGCCAAUGUAUAAGGUGGCUUUCAAGACAGUGACUGAGUUGGAGUGGAGAUGUUGUCCUGGGUUCACUGGUGUUGCUUGUAAUGUUCAACCUGGAGCAUAUGGAAUGAAGGCAAUGCCUCCAUUUAAAGGUCCCAUGUCCUCUAAUAAAGGUCCCCAACUGUUCCGUAAAGGCCCUGCGCCAUCUUAUAAAGGCCCUAUGACAUCAUUCAAGGGCCCAAUACCUGCUUUCAAAGGUCAUACAACACAUAAUGAUCUAGGGACUCCUCAUAAAGGCAUCAUGCCCUCCCAUAAGGAGCCAGUACCUCUAUUUAAAGGCCCAAUGAUCCAACCUAACUACAAACAAAACUUCUGGAAUCAACCCCAGACGCUGUUUAAGAGAAUGGGUGGCUAUCCUGGCCCGAAUAUCGCCCCCUCCUAUCCGGAAACCUCAUUUGAGCAGUAUCCAGAUCAUGAAGAGGCCAAGCCAAUUCACCCUGUUGCAAUGCCAGAACCCCACAACCCUCUGACCGACGAUCACGAUCCUGGGCACAAUCCCAUUCCAGAUGAUCAUGAGCCAAUAACAGACUACCAGGAUCCUGUGCGAGAUACCCAGGGUUCAAGUCCACAACACCCAGUCACUGAAUCAGUUCCUGAGACACAGGCGCCCUCUGGUGACAAUGAGCAAAACCAUGAUACUGAAGGGGACAGUGUCACAGUGGAACGUCUGAACAGGAUGGAGGAGGAAGUGCGACAUCUCUCAUUUGGCCUUGAGACCCUACGGGGAAAAGUGACAGGAUUAGAGGACCACCUGCGUGCCGCGCUCCGGGAGGACGCCAACCGCAUGCUCUCUGCCCUCCUCUCGGCAGCUCCGGUCCCAGUCGUCACUCCACCUCUCGACUCCACUGUCGCUUUUGGGGACCUGCCAGGCGGAGCGCCUGACAUGGAGCACGCUGAUGUGGUGGGCCAGUUCCCACGGCUGGCCGAGCUGACGGAGAAAGUGGCAGAGCUGCACGCUGAGCUAAAAGCUAAGAGCUCAGAGCUGGCAGAGCUGAGAUGGAUGGUCCUGGACCAUGAUGGAGCCCUGCAGAGGCUCUCUGGAGGAUGGGGCAACCAAACAGACUCACAAGAUCUGGAGACGCUGGUGGAGGCUAAACUUCGUGAGGCCCGGGUCGCCAUUCUAGGAGGCUUUGAGAAGCGCGUGGUGAGUGCCGAGGAGCACUGCGAGGGUCAGGCGACGGAGGUGCGUCUCCAGUGCAAGAAGGAGCUGAUGGAAGGACGGGAGCAGUUGGAGCAGGACCUGAAUGGCAGUGUGGCAGGCUUUAGGGAGGAGCUUAGAAAAUUACAUUCCCAGCUUCAAGGACUUGAACCCACAGAGACCUGCUACAGCGCAGUGUCAGGUGUGACUGAAAGGCUGGUUCUGCUGGAGCAGUCGAUGGAUGGCCUGAACCAGUCCCAAAUGCACCUCCAGGCUGAGCUGGGUGGUCACAAGGACCAUGUAGAGGGCAUGCUCGAGGGCAGGCUGGGCUAUGUGGAAGCACAGCUGAGCCUGACCGAGAAACAAUUGGGAGGAGUUGGUAGUGAAAUGUCUGGUAUCAGACUUGAUGCAUGUCUUGAGGACAAGAUGAGGGCUCUCGAAAGCCGUCUGUUUGCCGCAGUCGAGGAACUGAGCAAUGCCACGGCACCAGCUCUGCUGGAAGGCCAAUCGGUGCCUACCUUAGAAGCAGAGGUGGAGUCCCUUAGAAAAAGGGUAGAGGUGGAUAUGGACCGUGCUCAGAAGCAACUCAGCUCUUUGGAGGUCCUUUGCACUUCUUCCUGUACCUCACAACCAGUUCUGACAGGAUAUGAUGCAACGCUAAAGCAGGAUGAAACAGAAAACCACAAAAACCUUCACAGGAAGCUCGAAGCGCAGAUGGAAAGGUUGGAUCAGCUGAACGCCACUCUGAACUCACUGCUUAUCCAGCUAGCCGAUACAAAGGUAGAAGAGGGGCUUCUGGGCGAGGUGACCCUUCUAAAGGUGAGCGUGCACUCCGUUAACCGCACCCUCCGUGGGCUGAAAGACUCUUUCGGGAAGGUCGUGCAGGAAGUGGGACGGGCAAACCUCACCUGGCAGGAGCGUGAGGAGCGGCUGGCACAGCAGGUUAAAGGUGUGGUGCACCUGGUGGGCCAGCAGGCCUCCAUGCUGGGCGCAGGGGAGAGGAGGCUGACCAGGCUGAGAGGCGAACUGCAGGAUCUGCGGCGCAGGCUGGGCACGGAGCUGCAGGGCUGCCGCUCCACUGCCUUAGGUGUCCGGAAGGAGGUGACUGAGGUCGGGGGCCGCGUGGCCCGUGUGGAGGAUCAGUGCAGUGGCCUAGCACGACUGGCCGAAGACUUGGAGCUGAUCCGAGGAGAAUUGGAGAAGCAUAUGGAAGGGUACUUGUCCCAGGUCAACAGCACCCUUGUCGAUCAUUCCGUCCAGCUAAGCGUGCUUAGAAAUGGACUUAGAAACUGCACUGUCAUGUCUGAGCUGACAAAUACAACAGACUUCACAGCAACUCAGCUAUGGGCAGAAACACACACACCUGAACCAGCCUAUCCAAGAGGAGACCAGUUUAUAGAGCCCACACAGGUGGAAGAUGUGCAGGAACUCAAAUAUGCUCCAUAGAAAGGCCCAAUAUUUCUUAGAAUGACUGAUCCACUCGCUGGCCAAAGUGUGUUUAACCUAAUACAGUGUUUACUUAAUUGUACUGACCCAUUUUAUGGGGUGGAGGUCAAUUAGAAAGGAUUUGUUUAAUGUUGUUUUGGGUAUCUACUAGUGUUUAUACAUUUUUUGUACUGAUUGUAAUUGUAUAAGUGUUUGUUAUUGAUAAACAGACACACAUUUGUGCCUAUAACAGAAUGUGCUGAAUCUUUGUUUUUAUACUCCUGGAGUCACCUAGAAUGACUAAAGACAUUUUCCUCUGAAG